AUGGUUAUUGGUGGUGAUGUUAACGCUCACCACCUGUCAUGGGGCAGUUCUGAUACUAAUCCUAGAGGAGAAAAACUCAUGGAACUUAUAAUGUAUACCAACCUAACUUGGGCUUUUCAGAAACCACACGAGUCAGUGCGCCAAUUUGCAGCACGUAUAGAGGCUCUUUCGUACAAAACUGUACCAGUGGAAAGAAGCAGUGACCCUGCAGCAGAAGCACAGAGGCAGGAUUUACUUCUGUCAGUGUUUAUCGAAGGAUUGCAAUUGCAUUUGCGACGCUUGUUGCUGCCACAGAAUCACAAAACUUUUGCAUCUGCUAAACAGCAUGCAAUUAUUGAGGAAGACAUGUGGGCUAAGAGCCAUGCUAGUAGUGAUUUUGCAACAGCUGAGGUUAGAGCGGUGAAUGCUGCUAAGCCAGCAAACGAAAAGUCAGUUACAACACCAUCAGUAACCAACUCAGAGCUCACUACAGCUAUUAAAAUGCAACAAGAAAAUAUAGCUCAGCUUACUAAAAUGAUGGGCUCUCUUCAAACACAGGUGCAGAGUUUAAUAUCACAAGGUACUCGUUCAAGACCCAUACAGCCUCGUUGUUACAGAUGCAACAGAAUAGGGCAUGUUAGCAGGGACUGUUAUGCAAAUAUUGUGCCUAAUCAGCACUCUAGACAGGGUCAACACAGAUUUAGAAAUAACCAAACAGCCAAGGAAGGAGACAUCCUAAUAACACCACACCAGCUGUUUCGGUAUGGUGCUUUAUUAGGAACUAAAUUUCUUGCAGACAAUAAUAUGCAUUUGGAUUUCUCCACUUCUCAACUGUUAGGAUCAAAUGUAAUUCUUAAAUGGAAUCUAAGUCAGCCUAGUGCUAUGAAUAGUAAUGUUUUCUCUACUUCAGUUUCUCAGUCAUUUUGUUACUCUGUAACCAAACAUAAAUUACCACCUUUUUCAGAAAAUAUCAUUAAGCUCACUGCUCGUUCUGCAAAUUUUACUACUGAUACUGUUUUGAUUGAACCUUUAAUAGAACAUGCUCAAAGAAUGAAAUUGGCCAGUGCCCAACCUGUGAAUGUCAUCACACAUAACUCUGAACUUGUAAACAAUACCACCAUAGAAACAGGUGAGGAUUUCGAGUCUUGGGGUGGUGAAUUUGAUCUUACACAUUUACCUGAGCAGCAACAACAACAAUUAUCACACCUUCUCAAUCAGUAUAGUAACAUCUUUGCUGCCUCAGUCACUGAGUUAACAGGGUGUGACACCAUCUUACACAACAUCAACUUGCGUGAUAAUAUUCCUGUUAGGCAAAAGCCUUAUAAAGUACCUUACCAUCUCAGGGAUGAACUAGAUAGACAGGUGGCAGAGCUGCUUGAAGCCAACAUCAUUCAAGAAAGUGACAGCCCUUACAGUGCUCCUGUUUUAUUUGUUAAGAAAGCGGAUAACACCUACCGUUUAGUCACUGACUUCCGCAAGUUGAAUGAGAAAACGAUAGAAGACAGUUUUCCUCUGCCUUCCAUGAUUGAGUUGAUAGAACAGUUAGGAGAUUCGAAUUAUUUUUCCACACUUGAUUUAACUUCAGGGUUUUUCCAGAUGAAAAUUCAUCCUGAUGACACCUUCAAAAGUGGUUUUCUCGACUCCUUCUGGGCACUAUGA